AUGGCCUUGAUGACCAUGUUUGCUACGAUUGAAGCCAAUAGCGAUCUCGAUGAUUGCCACAAUUGUGACGUUGUUGAAAGUGAAAAUGAGAUCAAUGAUUUUUAUGAUUAUGAUAAUGAUGAAGAUGAUAAUGAAGCGUCAGAGAAAAAUUCCCGAACCCAAACAACUAAUAAUUCGGAUAUGGAUAUUGAAAACAGGAAUCCCAGUAAAGCUGUAAAACGAAGGAAAGAACAUGAUGUGAUGACAACAAAGAAAGCAUUGCUCGAAUACACUGGCUCAUCAAAGAAAAUUGAAGAAAAUAUAGUACUACCCAUUCCGGGUAGUUAUCAGAGCAAGACGGUGCCUGAAAUACCAGUUGCCACACCAGCUGAAAAGUCAGGAGUUGCAAUCCAAACGCAAUUAAGGAAAGAAACAAAUGAUGAGAUGUCCAGUGAUGAUGAUUCAUACUUGUUCGUCAAUCCACGAGAAAUCAAAUUUAAAGAGCGAAUAGCUGACGGUGGAUUUUCUUUUGACAUUAAUGUACUCUUUGAUGAAAUAAAGUUUACUGAUCUAGUGCUUGGUCAAGGUUCUCAAGGAGUGGUACGAAAGGCGAAAUUCAGAGGUACAAGUGUUCUUAAGUACAUAUAUAAAGGAAAUAAUGAUUGUAAGGAUAACAAUAAUAAUAUUGGUCAUAAUAAUAAUGAUAAAGUUGAUGGCGAUGAAGAUGAUAUUAAUUAUUUUGAUGAAAAUGAUGAUAACGAUAUCGAAGAUGAUGUUGAUAGUGCUAAUGGUUACGGUGAUGAUGGUAAUGAUGAUAAUGACAAUUAUGAAAAUGUUCAUGCUAACGAUAAUAAUGGUGAGAACAGAAAAUCUAGCAGUUCCGCCCCAAACGAAAAAUACUUCAUAGUUACACUAGGCGGUAAACUUAAGAGGAUGGCUGCAGAUCAACUUUGCAUAUGA